AUGGCGCCCACCGAGCCCAUCUUGCCCGUCAAGGGUAAAAACAACAUCCUCAUCACCUCGGCCCUGCCCUAUGUCAACAACGUCCCUCAUCUGGGUAACAUUAUCGGCUCCGUGCUGUCCGCCGAUGUCUUCGCCCGUUACUCUCGCGCCCGCGGCAACCCCACCAUCUACAUUUGCGGCUCCGACGAGUACGGUACUGCGACCGAGACGAAGGCACUAGAGGAGGGUGUCGACCCUGCUACCCUCUGCGCCAAGUACCACGCCAUCCACAAGGGCAUCUACGACUACUUCGACAUCUCCUUCGAUAUCUUCGGCCGAACCCCCACUCCCCAACAGACCGAGAUUGUCCAGGACAUCUUCACCAAGCUGUGGAAGAAUGGCUACAUUGAGGAGCGCGAGACCAUCCAGCCCUUCUGCCCCGUCGAGGCUCACAACACCUUCCUCGCUGACCGCUUCGUCGAGGGUACCUGCUCCGUCUGCAAUUACGACGGCGCCAGAGGAGACCAGUGCGACAAGUGCGGUAACCUGCUCGACCCCUUGGAGCCCGAGACCGACCCCAACGCUGGUGCCGACGACGACGUCGCCGCCAAGGCCACUGGCUGGCUGAUCAACCCCAGAUGCAAGCUCGACGGAGCUACCCCCGAGAAGCGCAAGACGAAGCACUUGUUCUUGAAGCUUGAUGCUCUUAAGGAUGAGCUUGUCAAGUGGUUCCAGUCUUCCAGCAAGAAGGGCGCCUGGAGCAACAACGCCGAGCAGAUCACCCAGGCUUGGAUCGACAAGGGCCUGAAGCCCCGUGGUAUCACGAGAGAUCUGAAGUGGGGUGUGCCCAUCCCCACCGGCGAGGUCGGCGAGGACUACGCAAGGAAGGUGUUCUACGUCUGGUUCGACGCUUGCAUUGGCUACGUUUCCAUCACCAAGAACUACACCGACGGCGACAACCUCGAGGGCAAGAAGUGGGAGCAGUGGUGGAAGAACCCCGACGAUGUCAAGCUGUACCAAUUCAUGGGCAAGGACAACGUCCAAUUCCACACUAUCAUCUUCCCCGGAUCCCAGCUCGGCACAGGAGAGAACUGGACCAAGCUGCACAAGAUCUCCACUACAGAGUACCUCAACUACGAGGGUGGAAAGUUCAGCAAGUCGAGAGGUGUUGGUGUCUUCGGCAACCAAGUCCAGCAGACUGAAGUUCCCGUUGAUGUCUGGAGAUACUACCUCCUUGCCCGCCGCCCGGAGACGUCCGACUCCGAGUUCAUGUGGCAGGAAAUGGUUGACGGCAACAACAACGAACUCCUCAAGAACCUCGGUAACUUCUGCCAGAGAGUGAACAAGUUCUGCCAGGCCAAGACCAACGGCGCUGUCCCUGACUACACCAAGUACACGGAUGAUUACCUGAAGAACCACGUUGUCGAGGUCAACAACCUCCUCAGCGAGUACAUCAAGAACAUGGAGGACACCAAGAUGAGAGCUUCCCUGCACAGCAUCCUGUCGAUUUCUGCUCUUGGAAACAAGCUGCUCCAGGACAACAAGCUUGACAACAAGCUGCUGACCGAGGAGCCUGACCGUUGCGCUGCCGUGGUCGGUCACGCACUGAACCAGAUUAACCUUAUUGCAUCUCUCGUCAGCCCCUUCCUGCCCAACACAUCCAAGGCCAUCUUUGAGCAGCUCGGCGUCGACAGUAAACCGACUAUUCCUGAUAGCUGGGUUGUCGAUGCGAUCAAGCCCGGCCACAAGCUCGGCGAGCCUAAGCAUCUCUUUUCUCUCAUCCCUGCCACUAAGAUCGAGGAGUGGAAGGACGCCUUCGGCGGCGAGGAAGUCCGCAAGCAGAAGGAGGAGGCUGCGGCGAAGGCUGCUGCCAAGAAGGCCGCCAAGGAGGCCGACAAGGCCCGCAAGAAGGCCAAGAAGGAGGCCGAAAAGGCCAAGGCUGCCGGCGCAACUGUGGAGUCUGGCGAAAAGAAGGCAGAGGCUGACCCAGCCAUCGAGUCGGUAACAGAGGCCAUUGCGAAGGCGGACGUCCACACUUCCUAG